AUGGCUAGCACAAAUACCCACGGAUUGAAGGACUCGGAGCUCUUCCAAACAAAAGCCUUCAUCAAUGGAAAAUGGGUGGACGCAAACGAUGGUGCGACAUUGAAGGUCACCAACCCUGCAACGGAUGAGGAGCUUGGUACUAUUCCUGAGAUGACGACGGCGGAGGCCAAGCAGGCAAUUGAGGCGGCGUCGGAGGCCUUCAAGACUUGGGGAAAGACUACGGCGAAGCAUCGCCAUGACCUUAUGGUCAAGUUCUACAACUUGAUGAAGGAGCAUGAGGAGGAUCUGGCUCGUCUUAUGACCCUCGAGAACGGCAAGACGCUUGCCGAGGCGAAGGGAGAGAACACGUAUAGCGCAUCUUUCAUUGAGUGGUUUGCCGAGGAAGCUGUGAGGGCAUAUGGAGAACACAUACCGUCUGCCGUUCCGAACGUCCGCAAUGUUGUCAUUCAACAACCCGUUGGUGUUGUAUCCAUCAUGACGCCAUGGAACUUCCCCUCUGCGAUGAUCACGCGUAAACUGGGCGCAGCGUUGGCAGCAGGAUGCACAACCGUCAUCAAGCCACCACCCGAAACGCCAUACUCAGCCCUUGCGCUCGUAGUGCUUGCAAAACGCGCAGGUAUACCUGACGGAGUGAUCAACGUCGUAACGACGCAGAAGAACGUCAGCGAGGUUGCGAAGGAGUUGUGCGAAAACCCCAUCGUCAAGAAGAUCUCGUUCACUGGCUCUACGCAAGUUGCCAAGCUUCUAUCGAAGAUGGCGACCAGUACUUUGAAGAAGGUGUCUUUGGAGGCUGGUGGCAAUGCGCCAUUCAUUGUCUUCGACGAUGCGGACAUCGACGCUGCUGUCGAGGGAGCACUUGCAUCCAAGUUCCGCGGGACUGGACAAACUUGCGUCUGCGCAAACAGAAUCUAUGUUCAGUCCUCAGUGUACGCUGAGUUUGCCUCGCGCUUGGCCGAGAAGGUAUCGUCAUUCAAAAUUGGCAAUGGCCUCGACAAAGACACCACGCAUGGGCCACUCAUCCACAAGCGUGCCGUUGACAAAGUUGCAUCUCAUGUGAACGAUGCCAUCGAGAAGGGCGCACAAGUUCUCAUCGGUGGCCGCCCCGUCGACGGUCCCGGGUCGUUCUUCAAGCCUACAAUCCUGUCUGAUGUCCCCACGAAUGCGUUGCUCAACGACGAAGAGACGUUUGGGCCCGUCGCAGCGUUGAUCAAGUUCGAGACGGAGGAAGAAGUGAUCAAGCUCGCUAACGACACCCCAUAUGGCCUGGCGGGAUACUUCUUCUCUCGCGAUGUUGGACGCGUGUGGCGCGUUGCGGAGGCUCUCGAAGUUGGAAUGGUUGGCACCAACACCGGUUUGAUUUCUCAAGCUGUAAUCCCCUUCGGCGGUAUCAAGGAAAGCGGAAUCGGACGUGAGGGCGGUCAUGGCAUCAAGGAGUACAUGAACACGAAGUUCAUCGCUUUCGGCGGUCUGUAA